AGCAUCCAACGUGACGUGACAGACUCUUUAGUCGAAAACCACCGUGGCGCAAUGUCGGUGAAAGCGACGACCGUAACACUGAACAAUGGAUUCCAGAUGCCAGUGCUGGGCCUAGGAACGUACAAUCUACUCGGAAAUAACUGUGUUGAGGCAGUCAAGUCGGCCAUCGACGCCGGAUACCGCCAUAUCGAUACUGCCUUCCUGUACAAGAACGAAACGGAGGUUGGACACGCGAUACGUGAGAAGAUACUGGAUGGAACCAUUAAACGGGAGGACAUCUUCGUGACCACGAAGCUGUGGAACACCUCUCACGAGCCUUCUCAGGUUCUGCCGGCGUUCGAAAAAUCGAUGGCCAACCUUCAGCUGGAGUACGUCGAUCUCUACCUGAUGCACAGUCCCGUUGGUUCCACCACGAAUGCGGCUGAUGGUAGCGAGGUGCUAAACGAGGUGGACUAUGUGGCCACGUGGAAAGCGAUGGAGCAUCUGCUGACGACGGGCCGCGUCCGUAGUCUCGGUGUGUCCAACUUUAACAGUGAACAGUUGACACGGGUCAUUGAGCAUGGCAGUACCAAACCGGUCGUUAAUCAGGUCGAAUGCCACGUGCGCCUGAAUCAGAAGAAGUUGAUCAAGUUCUGUAAGGAUCGGGACAUUGUGAUUACCGCGUAUAGUCCACUCUAUCGACCGGGCCGUACCCUGCGACCGAGUGAGGACCCCCUGGAACCGAAGCAUCCGUUUGAGGAUACGCGAGUAAAGGAGAUUGCCCAGCGGUACGCCAAGUCACCGGCUCAGGUCCUGUUACGCUAUCUGAUCGAUAUUGGCACGGUUCCGAUUCCAAAAUCGGGCAAUCCGGAACGGAUUCGGGAGAAUAUUAAUGUUUUUGAUUUUGCCCUUACCCCGGAAGAGGUUGUCACGUUGGACGGGUUAAAUACGGGUGAGCGGUUGGUGCGGUUCGAAUCAGGCAUUGCACACCGCUACUAUCCGUUCAAUGCUGAGUUUUGAGCGGGUGGCAGAGGGCAAAAAGGGUGACACCUUUAUACGCUACUAGUGAAAGGGCGGAAAAGAACUAUAAACUAUGGCGGUUGAUAAUGGCGGUCAGUGUGAUAAGCGUUCAAGUGGCACUGAUACGAACCCGUGUCCGUGGUUGCAAGCGGCACCAUCCGGUUUAUCGCGGUCGGUCGAAGAUAGAUGUAUGCUUUCGACGUUUUUUUUUAAUGUACAAUGCACAAGCAUUUAAAGUAAAAUUUCUUCCAUUUGAUUUACAUU